AUGUACGGUGAAGAAUUCGUGUUCGUACACUAUCUGGCAGGUCUUCUCAGUGUGAACCUUCGCCAAUCGCGUGCUUACUGCUUUACUUUUCCUAGGCCUGCGAUCUUCACAGACCUGGAUGUCGGUCAGGUGAUGCCUAACCACGAUACUGGCUGGGAAGUCACUGCAGGCACUUCAGUAUCAUUUGAUGUACCAGGUAACUGGACUUCUGGGCGAAUCUGGGUAAGUUGUUCAGACAACUUUUCCUUGCAUUUACGGUCCACUUUGUGUGUUACAGGUGGCUGUAAUGGACAGUUACUGUGUGAUCCCCAUACCGGGAUGGGUGUCCCGCCGGUGAAGGUAGCGGAAUGGACGUCGGCAGCUGAUGAAAAGGGUGAGGACAACUAUGAUCUCUCCGUUGUAGAUGGUUUCAGCAUUCCGAUGCUCAUCACACCCACUGAUGGACCCAUCUGUGCUGCUGACCUCAACACCAAUUGUCCGCAGGAACUUGUACUGGCAGGACCAGACGGUAAGACUGUCAGGUGUAAAUCAGCGUGCUUGAUUGAGAACGAUGAGCAGAAGAAGGACUCACCUAAUUGUUGUAUGGGCUCUCACAGCAUGGCGGCGACUUGUCCUUCCUCCGGAGUGUCCUACUAUAAUUAUUUUAAGGGUCCUUGUCUGACUACGUAUACAUAUGCCUAUGAUGAUAAUACUUCUUUUUGGAUGUGCCUGGAGGCUACACAAGCUGAUUAUACAGUAACUUUUUGCCCACUGGCUCAAUGA